ACCAUAUUCCCCUUCUCCAUUUCAUACCCAUCUCCACUGCACACUUGAAACAUUCAUCUUGGAAGAUUUGUAGAAUCCAUUAUUUAGAUUUAAGUUUUAUUUUUUAUGUGAGUGUGUGUCUCUAAUAUACCACUCAAAAGUUCCAGUCUUUGCGAGUUCUUACUUCUUAGCUUGAGGAAUAAGGGUUUUGAUUUCGCUUUGAAAAUAAAAAUUCAGUUUUUAUUUUCAAGAAUCUUUUUUUGGAAGGAUCUAAUUGAAGCAGAGGAAGGAUUCAAGAUUUUGGGAUUAGUUUUGUUAAAUUGUUCUGUGUUUGAUCAUUUGCUUGAGGGGACUUGUAAUCUGCAAGUGGUCUUUGGUCCCAAGAAUCUGAAUUGAGUUUGUAUAAUGACUAGCAUCUUGAAGGGUAUAUUCCCAAUUUUGUCCCCAAAGAAAUAUAAUGAAGGUGAUGAUGAUGGUGAGUUUGAUCUGGAAUACUCAAUUGCAAUGGAGUACAGUGGACCCCUGGUUAGUCAUGACAUCCCGCAGGUUGUUCCGGUUGUUUUAGACCGGAUUCCGGCAGCAACCUUGUUUGAUGCUUCUUUCAUAUCAAACAGUCAAAUAUUGUCAAUCCCGGUUAUUCGACCAAUUGCCAAGACAAAGGAUCAUUUCAACAACAAAGGGAUACCAAAGGCCUCCUCUGAGUCUACACAAACAAGGGGUUCUUUAAAUUCCAUCUGUGGUGACGAAUAUGCCUCUAACAAAGGGUAUGAUUGCGUUGAAAGUUCUGGAACGUUGGGUUUUUCUGACCAUCGCGACCAUUCCAAUGAAAUUUCAGAGAGUUCGGGUGCUUUGAGUAGUGAAGAGGUUGAAGAAACUACUGAAAUCCAGUCAGGUGAUAAUGUGAUCACCUCAAACAGUGACGAUGGCGUUGUAAAUUUCCCAGUGAAGUCCUUAGUCGUCACAACUCGUUCGAAGAAGUGUUUUCGGUGUCACAAAAGAAGCAUGUUUAUAAAGAGGGAAGUUUGUUUGGUUUGCAAUGCAAAGUAUUGUGACAAAUGUGUUGUAAGAGCAAUGGGUUCGAUGCCAGAAGGGAGGAAAUGCAUCACUUGUAUUGGUUAUGGGAUCAAUGAAAGAAAGCGGGAUUUGUUAGGGAAGUCCUCUGCAAUGCUCAAGAGAUUGUUCACCGGUGACGAGGUUAAAAGGGUCAUGACAUUGGAGAAAUCAUGCAAAGCCAAUCAAGUCCCUUCCAAACGUGUCAUUGUGAAUGGUAAAUGCCUUUCACCCCAAGAGUUAGUCGUUUUGCAGAGCUGUCCUCACCCACCUAAGAAGUUGAAGCCCGGGAGGUAUUGGUAUGAUCAAGUCUCGGGAUUUUGGGGGAAGGAGGGCGAGAGACCUUGUCAAAUUAUUAGUGACCAGCUACCAGUAGGCGAAACAAUCAAGCGAGAUGCUAGCAAUGGAAACACUGAUGUAAUCAUAAAUGGCCGGGAGAUUACAGGGGCAGAGCUAUGGAUGAUGAAGGUGAUUGGAAUCCAUUGCGAUCGGAGCGUUCACUUCUGGCUGCAGGCCGAUGGUACUUACCAGCAUGAAGGUAUGAAGAAUGUUAUGGGGAAUCUUUGGGAAAAGACAGGAGUGAACCUAGCAUGUGCCAUUGCAUCAUUACCAACUCCUCCCAAGCCCUCGCGUUCAAGUAGACAAGAAAUUGACCAACAUAUAGACAACGAUCGUCAGGAUCAAACAUAUCUUUACAAGGCCAAAAUUGAAAAUGAUGUUCGUUUCGAGGAAAAUGAGCGUCAAUGUUUCAAACGCGUCAUCCAGGGCAAUUUGUACAAGUACAUAAGCAUAUUGUUAGAGGGUCGCGAUCAAUUCGAAGAAGGCUACCGAAUUAUAUACAGGCAAAAACACAUAGAUGAACCCGGCCCUUCAGUGAUCCAUGAGCAAGAAGAUGAAGAGAAUAUUUACUCAAUGAAUCCACGGCUCAAGAAGUUUGCGGAUUGGCUACUCCAAGUAUGGAUGUCGGGAAAUCUUGAAGCCAUUUUCCCUGCGGCUACGCGCGAGUAUUCGCCAUGGGUAGAGGAGCUGUGGAAAGACAAAGCUUUUCAAGCGACCUAUCAGCGCAGAUUUGAGUUGCAUAUGCUGCCCAGAGUCGCUGCCCAUUUCUUAGAGCGGGCGGUUGAGAUCUCUCGGCCUGACUAUGACCCUUCUUCCAUGGACAUUUUGUACGCCGAGGGUUGUGCUUCUGCAGCAAAUGGGGUUGCUUUGGUCGAAUUCUCCCUCUCCAAGCUCUCUAAUGAUAGCCACAUGACGACCAUCGGUCAAAAUAAUUCCUCCAUUCGGUGUGAACUGACGAGGGUUCCUGCGAGCAGCCUGGGGGAGAAUUGCAAGUUCUUGGAGAUGUUUGAGGACACCGACAUUGUCCUAUACACGGUUUCGCUGACGGAUUAUAUAGAGGAUCAUGAAGACCACAAUGGCGUGGUCACGAACAAGAUGGUGGAGAGCAAGAAACUCUUUGAGAGCAUCGCGACUCACCCGUCUUUCGCCCAUAAACAUUUCCUCCUAUUGCUUACAAAGUUCGACGUUCUAGAGGAACUCAUAGAACAGUUCCCUCUUUGUAAGUGCGAGUGGUUCCACGACUUCAAUCCGAUAAUCAGCCGCAACUCCAACAACAACAACGGAAGUAACCCGUCAUUGGCACAGCGCGCGUUCCACUACAUCGCUUCGCAGUUUAAAGCGACGUACAAGACGCUAACAGGGCGGAAACUGUACGUUUCACAUGUCACGGGGAUCACGGGCGAAUCCGUCAACGAUGCUCUAAAAUACGCGUGUGAGAUUCUCAGUUGGGACGAAGAGGAAGAUUUAGUGUUGCACGAAUGGGCUGCGGAGAACACGGAGGUUAGCACAAGUGUGUAACCAUUAAUCAUAUCUUCUCCUCCUCCUCCUCGCUAUGUCAUAGUUUGACAUCAUUGAUGAUAUAUCUAUGCGGUUACAUAUAAUGAUUGUCCGUACGUGUCUCUGAGAUACAAUAGUGUCAUCAAUGGUGUCAAACUUGCAUGAUCAAUGAAAGAAAUUAUUAUGUUUUCAUUCAAUGUCUUGUGUAGCAAAUAAUGCUACAACUUACAACAUCCAUCCCAUCUUGUGAACAUAUGUGUCUGGUCUAAAUAAGAUGGGGGAAAAGAGAGAAAUUUGUACAAACAGCAAAACAUAAAGACAUGAAUAUACUUAUAUACAUACACACACAUGUUGGUUCAUGCUCUCUAGAUCUUGUCUCGCUCGGUUUUCGUCGACCUUUAGCGUAAACUAUGCUAAAAGGUUGGGGAAAACCGCGCGAGACGGGAGAUUAUUCAAAGCCUGGCGCCGGCCGGGGUUUGUUUUAGUAAGGGGCAAAGCGGUCCAUGAUCAAGAAAACGGUGGACUCUGUAUCAUCCACCGAUGAUUGCGGAGCAGGCGAAGAAGAUGAAGACGAAGAGACCAGAGCAGGGCCUGUGUUUCUGGGUCUGAGGAGAAAUGGGUUUGUUGUGGAGGAUUGAACUUUUUCCUUGAGCUUUGCAAGCUGGACCAUACAAGCUUCAACCAAUGCAGCCAUUUUUUCUUCUUUUCUGGUUUUGUUUCUUGGAGAAGAUGAAGAUGGUGAAAUAAAUUUGCAGAUAAUGAAUUGUUACUGGAUGA